AUGGAAUUAAAGGGUUCCUUGACAGCCAGCCACGAGGUUGAUUCUAUGGAUGAUGGCGUCGUGGUGUUAGAUUUGAACAGUCUGACGCCCACCUCCGGCAACAGGACCGAAUUGAAACUUGCUUCAGAUGGCCAUACCAUCCUCAUUCCCCAACCGAAGGAUGACGCUAGUGAUCCGCUCAACUGGAGCACUUUCAAGAAGCACGCGAUCCUACUCUGCGUCGCUUUUGGCUCCUUUGCAGGGGACUUUGGCAUGGCAAUUGGGAUUCCUGCCGCCAUUCUGCAGAGCGAAGAAUGGAAGGUGUCCGCGUCGGUAGUCAAUGAGCCCAACAAUCUCGCCGUUAUGAUGAUCGGGAUUUCAUCACUGCUAUGGGUACCUCUGCUCUCCUCCUGGGGCCGUGCGCCUGUUCUAUUCUGGAGUACAGUGAUGGGUCUUUUCUUCACCCUAGGAUGUGUUCUGGCGCCAAACUUUCCUACCUACUAUGCAAUGCGUGCUUUGCAGGGUGUCACCCAAGGCACUGGAUCGUCUAUUGGGCUGCAGCUCAUCCAGGACAUGUUCUUCUUCCAUGAACAUCCCCGCAAAAUUGGUCUCUGGUAUGGUAUUUUCCUCGUCUCCCCAUUUGCUGGGCCCAUGUUAGGCAACUUCAUGGUGGCGGGACUGGGCACGUGGAGACCUUUAUUCUGGCUGGUCUUUGCUUUCGCGGCAUGUCUUACGGUUAUGAUCAUAGCGUGUGCCGAUGAGUCUUUCUACAAUCGUGAUGUCGCAGAUGAGAAGCAACCGAAACGUGCGAUGAACACUAUGGCUCGCCUCUCCCGUGUGGUGGGUUGGUGGCAGCUACAACAUCACCGAGAAUACUACCGCCCGGUUCUUCCUUGCUACCUCCAACUCUUCAAGGUUGCUCUCCGGCCUAUAAUCCUCCUAGUGGUGAUAAACUACGGAGUACUUUUCAUGUGGAGUAUUGGCAUCAACCAGAGCUCCGCUCUGCUGCUAGAACUUCCCCAAGCGUCCGGCGGGUAUGGCAUGUCGGCACGAGCAAUCGGCUACGUCUACUUUGGUCCGAUUGUGUCCGUCUUUCUCGGGUGGUUUGUGGGCCAUUUUCUAAACGACUAUGCGAUGGAGCAGUACACAAAGCGACACCAGGGGCGAUUCGUUCCCGAAGCCCGGUUGUGGGUGGUCUACCUUGCGGCUCUGGUGAUGAUCCCCGGAAUUGUCCUAGUGGGGAUUACCCUGCAGCAGCAUCUCCACUGGGUCGGAAUUUUAUUUGGUUGGGGCAUGUUCCAGGGCGGGGUGAUGAUUAUUUCGGUGGUCAUGGUCGCCUACGGAAUGGAUUGUUGUCCUGCUGCGUCUGGAGAAGUCUCGGCUUUUCUUAACCUGGGCCGGGCAGCAUGCGGAUUUGCUGUCGGCUACUUCCAGCAGCCCUGGGGGCUCAAACAGGGAUACGAUGUCUCGUUUGGCCUUCAGGCGGUGAUCACAGUGGUGGCAUUUCUCGGUGUGGUAUGUAUUCAGGUGUUUGGUGCGAAACUGCGGCGAUUCUCUUUGGGCAUGGCUCUAUAG